AUGGAUUUUGAUAAACGCCUUCAGUGCAAUGAUCGUAUUGGCUGUUGUGUCAUUCUCUAUGCUGCUUCUAGCGUUAUGGGAUUGCAGAAAAAUUGUGCAACUUUGGCUGCACAUGUCGUGCCUGCUUAUUUUAUUUGCUGUAUCAGGAGCGAUUUACUGAAGAGUCUGUAUAUAAGUGAAGAUAAAAUAUUAUAUGAGUGGCUACCCGCACUUGUAACAGCAUACGGAGGUUUUGGAUGUAUAGUAAGUGCUCUGUCAUUCUUUUCGCCACUUUUGUUGGCAUUCUUUUAUCAUGGUGCUCCGUUACUCCUUCAUCAAUUCUUCGUCUUGUCAAAUUGCAGUCUUGUCUCGUUAUUUUACCUUCGCUCUUUUCCCGGUCAUACGGCAUGGUUUGUAUUGUGGUGCGUGGCUCUUUGGGGUAAGUAA